UGGGGCAGGGGCUGGUACCGGGAAACUUCUAGCUUCCAGUGGGAGUGAGAGGGGCUCUCCAACUGUCAGACACCACAAGAGCUCUGCUGAGUCCACCAGGCUUCCUGGGGAGGAGAACAAGUGGAGCAGUAAUGGCAAGGCAACUGUAGCCGAGGGAAACGGACCCAGUGAUUUAGCUCAGGAGAAUGGCAUGCUGUUGAGCGAGUCUCCCCUGCCGGAGAAGCUGGGCAGCGGCGGCGGCGUGCCGGUGAUCGACGAGUCGGCUCUGAGCGCAGAGCAGCAGCUGGGGCUGAAACAGGCUGAGGAGAGACUGGUGCGGGACUGCAUCCAGCGCCUGGUCAAGCGUUCACCGGAAUACCCCAACUACCAGUACCUUUGCAAGCUGUGCUCCGUCCACAUCGAGAACAUCCAGGGAGCUCACAAACACAUCAAGGAGAAACGCCAUAAGAAAAAUAUCAUGGAAAAGCAAGAGGAGAAGGAUCUGCGAGCCCUCCGCACCCCCUCGAAGGCUCAGCUCCAGGCCCUGCACACAGCUGUGACAGACACAGCCACGCAGCAGGGGAUAUCAGAGGAGGACUUUACAGUGCGUCAGGAAACUGUCCGCGACAUGGAGAACAUAAUCCAGCAGCACUUACCAGCCUGUUCCUUGGGGAUGUACGGCUCGUGUCUCACCAGGUUCGCCUUUAAAGACAGUGAUAUCAAUAUAGAUGUCAAAUUUCCCUCCAGCAUGACUCAACCAGAUGUGUUAAUAAAAGUCCUGGAAAUCCUCAAAAACAGUCCGUCUUACUCCGAUGUCGAGUCUGACUUUCAUACCAAAGUUCCAGUUGUGUUCUGCAGGGCUGUGAAAAGUGGUCUCUUGUGUAAAGUGAGUGCUGGGAACGAUGUGGCCUGUCUGACCACCAACCUGCUGGCAGCUCUGGCCAAACUGGAACCCAGACUGACUCCACUGGUGCUGGCAUUCCGCUACUGGGCCAGGCUUUGCCACAUAGACUGCCAGGCGGAGGGCGGGAUUCCCUCCUACUCGUUUGCGUUGAUGGUGAUCUUCUUCCUUCAGCAGAGAAAGGAACCCAUCCUCCCGCACUACUUGGGCAAGUGGAUCGAGGGCUUCGACGCUAAGCAGAUAGACGAGUACCAGCUGAAGGGCAUUGAGAACGAGAGGUUCGUGCUGUGGGAGCACAAACCCACCAGCAGCGGUGAGGGGAAAAGCACCGGCGGAGCCAAAACAGAGCAAAGAAAACCAUCCGGCAAGAAACCCGAGAGUUCAGACACAAGCGCUCGGCAGACCAAAACAAAGCAAGGCAGGACACGGCUGAUCCUGCAGACCCCGCGGCAGCUCUCUCUGGGGCAGCUCUGGCUGGAGCUGCUGCGCUUCUACACCCUGGAGUUCAGUCUGGAGGAGAACGUCAUCAGCAUCCGCCUCAAAGAGCCCCUGUCCCGGGAGAGCAAGAACUGGCCCAAGAGGAGACUCGCCAUCGAAGACCCCUAUGCGCUCAAGAGGAACGUGGCGCGGAGUCUGAACAGCCAGAUGGUUUUCGAGUACAUCCAGGAGCGCUUCCGCACUGCUUACAGAUACUUCGCCAGCCCGCAGAGCAAACACUCGACCAGCAGGGGGCGACGGCAGGGCAAACGAGCCGUCAGGAGGGGCAGCAAGGUGGGGGAGGACUCGAGGGGGGGAGAGGGGCAGGCUGAUCGCAGGGUGCAGGAUCUGAUAGACACUGAGGGGGAAGAGGGUGAAACCGAGGAAGAUGAGGCGGAAGGGGGCAGCGAUGACAACUGUGCUCCAGUGGGGCCCAUUUCCACAGGCAUGGGGGGAUUAUCCCUGAGAGACAGUGAGGAAGAUCAGGCAGACUUUGCACUGCAAACAGCGGACAGGAUAAAGCCCACACCGGAGGCCUGUGCCUGCAAGCGUGGAGAACACGAGAGGAGUUCUGAGCGUUCCCUGCAAGUGGACAGUCCCGAGGAGAGACUGGGAGAGGAGUGCGAGUCCUGCAGGGGGCGCUGCCGGGACUGCAGCGCCUCAUCUACCUCAAAGAAGGAGUCUGUAGAGAACGGGGUGUCAGAGAACGAGAAGGAGAAACGCAGGCAGCCAGAGGACAUCCCCCCUGAGGAUCUGUAUUAUGUGUUUGAUAAGACAGUCCUAACAAGAGGAAAGCCUCCCACAGUGGUCUGCAGUAUGUGCAAAAGGGAUGGCCACUUGAAAAACGACUGUCCCGAAGACUUCAAGAAGAUCGACCUGAAAACACUGCCGCCGAUGACAGACAGGUUCCGGCUAAUCCUGGACGGGCUCUGCAGAAUGUGCUACAAUGAGCUCUACCCACCUCCAGUGGAGCAACAAAAGAGGGAGCAGAUUCUGGCUAGUUUGGAGAGGUUUAUUCGCAAGGAGUACAACGACAAAGCCCGGCUGUGUCUGUUUGGCUCCUCCAAGAAUGGCUUUGGGUUCCGGGACAGUGACCUGGAUAUUUGCAUGACGCUGGAAGGCCACGCGACAGCGGAGAAACUGAACUGUAAAGAGAUCAUUGAAGGCUUAGCAAAGAUCCUCAAGAAGCACGCAGGCUUAAGAAACAUCUUGCCUAUUACCACAGCUAAAGUGCCUAUAGUCAAAUUUGAACACAGGCAAAGUGGACUGGAAGGAGAUAUAAGCUUGUACAACACGCUGGCACAGCACAAUACCAGAAUGCUGGCUACUUACGCUGCCAUUGAUCCUCGAGUGCAGUAUUUGGGUUACACAAUGAAGGUGUUUGCAAAGCGCUGUGACAUCGGAGACGCCUCGAGGGGAAGCCUCUCCUCAUAUGCCUACAUUCUCAUGGUGCUCUACUUCCUACAGCAGAGGAAGCCCCCGGUAAUCCCCGUCCUGCAAGAGAUAUUCGACGGCAAGAGUAUUCCCCAAAAGAUGGUGGAUGGGUGGAAUGCCUUCUUUUUCAAUGAUACGAAUAAACUGAGAAAGCGCUUUCCGGAGCUGGGGAGGAACUCUGAGUCGGUAGGGGAGCUUUGGCUGGGUCUGCUGCGCUUCUACACUGAAGAGUUUGAUUUCAAGGAGCACGUCAUCAGCAUUCGGCAGAAGAAACUGCUCACCACUUUUGAGAAGCAGUGGACUUCCAAGUGCAUAGCCAUUGAAGAUCCUUUUGAUUUGAACCACAAUCUUGGAGCCGGAGUGUCUCGGAAAAUGACAAACUUCAUAAUGAAAGCCUUUAUAAAUGGAAGGAAGUUAUUUGGAACCCCGUUUUACCCUCAUCCUGGGACAGAGGCGGACUACUUCUUCGACUCCAAGGUGCUGACAGAUGGGGAGCUGGCCCCAAAUGACAGGUGCUGCAGGAUCUGUGGAAAGAUCGGCCACUACAUGAAGGAUUGUCCCAAGAGACGCAGGAUCAAGAAGAAGGAGAAUGAGAAGGAUGACGACUCAAAGGAGGACGACAGAGAGCUGAGAGAGAGGAGGUGUUUCCAGUGCGGCGAUACCGGGCACGUGCGAAGAGACUGCCCAGAGUACAGACAGGUCCGGCAGAGAAGCACAGCAGGCCCUCCGAUGGUACACGGAUUCGGAAGCUCUCCGUCAAUCCCAGUUCCUCAGCCUGUACCGGCCCCUCAGGACCGGCCCAUGCGAACCAGGCAACACUCAGAGUGUUCAGAACCUCGUCAGACACCUCCCUACUCUCCGCAGCCCCCGCUAUUCAGUCAGGGCACCCCCCAGCCCCAGCCGAUUGGGGUCUCCUCCCAGCACAAGGGCGCAGGAGCCCCAGAGCAGCAGCAGCAGCUCCCCCAAGUCCAGCUUCCACUCUUUAACUUCCCCCACUCCCACCCAGGUCAGUACCACCCCGGGUUACCUGCCCUGGGCCUGCUCCAGCCCCACCAGCAGCAGCAGCACCCUGUCCCGAUCCCCUCCACGUCCUGGCCCAUCCACGGGCCCGUGAUACAGACCUCCUCCCCCCCAGGCCUGAAUUUCAUGUUGCGCUCAGCCCCCACCAACGGGAACGGCAGCUCCACCAGCAGCCCCAGCCCCAUGAACCUGAAUGACCCCAGCAUCAUCUUCGCUCAGCCGGCGGUGCGGGGUCUCUCGGGCGCAGGGCGGGACGGGCACUGGCACAACCACAUCACCCCCGGAGCACUGGUGGGGAACGGCACAAUGGCAAAGUCAGACCAGGGUUUUCAGGGACAGUAUGCUAAAGUAAACCCUGGUUCCCUGCCCUGGGAACACAACGCUGCUGGACACUACACUCUCCCAGCCUCGUGGCCUUACAGGAUGCCCCAGAACGUCAUGCAGCAGGGAAACGGAGGCUUCCAGCAGAACAAGCCUUUCAUAUCGCAAGGUUCAGUGAUGCACAGCAAUCAGCAUUUCCCUCUGCUGCAACACGGAAGACAUCACGUCAACCUGAACUUCAUUCAGCAGAAGAAGUGAACCUGCUUUCAUUCUCAGAGAUUCAAGGUCUUAGUUUAAAAAAGAAAAUAUAUUUUAAAAUAGACAUCAUUGUGUUGUGCACCAGAAAGUCACAAGACUUUAAAUUGUACCAUUUUUGUAAAUACGUUUUUACCUUUUUGUGCCUCAUCAUAUUGAUUUGUGAUACAAAUGUCAAAUAUUUAUACCCCGUUUUGGAAGGGGGUUGAAAAAAAAAAACCAAAAACAACAAACCCAAAUGGUCUUUUAUUGUAUGUGUAAAGGGACACUUUUAAAAGUUAUUUUCUUUAUUUUGUAUUCGCUGUAUUCAUACAUUGCUUUUAAAAGGCUUCGAAUAGACAUGUGUUUUAACUCAAAUUAUGUAGUGCCAAAAAAAAAAAAAAUGAAAAAAAAAUGCAAAUAAUAAAAACAAAACGAAAAAAAUAAACAGCAAAAGCAAAACGA